AUCUCGCUACUAGAGGCAUAGCUGUAUGUGGUGAAGGAUAAGGAGGACUGCAUGUCAUUCUGCAUAUUUCUGACAUAUGCCCAGCUCUGCUGUGUGUGUAAUGUGGUAAUCACCAGAUUCAAUAUCCAGGGCCGCAUAAGGAUGUGUCACCUUCCAGCCCAGCCCUCGUCUCGCAGGCACUGGGAAAGCUUCUCCUCCCUCCUGCCCCACCCCUUCUGGCUUCAGACCUGACGACGCCUUGCCCUUCCCCAGCAGGAUGGCCCAGGCUGGGGAGGUCAUGCGCUUCCGCCCUGAUGGAGACUGUGCCAUGUCAUCCCCGCAAGUGGAGCGCAGGCCCUGGCUGCCUGCUGCCAAGAACUUCAUUGAAUAUGGUACCUACAGCCCCCCGCGCUGUCUCACCCCCAAUCUCAAUGCGGGCAGGAUCCACUUACUGCGCAAGGGUCUGAAUCCCGACGCGCGGCGCUCCCAGCUGGGCAUGUAUAACAGCACUGGCUCCUUGGUCCGUAAGGCAUUGGAGACGGGCCCCUUUGGCAACGGCAACUGCUCAAGCACCGGACGAGUGACAGCUCCUUGCACCCCACUGCGAAGCAGGCCAAGCCCCUCGCUGUCAUCACCUGGCAGUCGCACCCCUCUGGUGGCAUCUGCCCCUGAAGGACAGAGCUCUGUGGUGACGUUCCGGUUCAUUGAGAAAGCCAGUGUUAAAACCCUGAAUGGCCUCCCACCAGCUGAGCCCCGGAGGGAGAAUGAGCAGAGUGCCCGUGGCCUGAGCAGGAGCUUGGAGUUUGGGGAGGCCAUCCGCUGUAGCUCCAGCAGAGAGGAGAAUGCCUGCCUAGCAGCACAAAUCCAGGUCUCCCGGCAGAGCAAAGCCAUGUCACCUCAGAGGGGCAUCAAGCAGACCAUGAACGAGGACCUCCAACUGACAGCCGAGCUGCCUGGGUCUAACCCUGGGAGCAGGACUCCUGGUGGGACAUACACCCCUCUGAGCCACAACACUAAGUUUCAUGAGCACCUGAGUCGGAAGCUGAAACUAGAGUCCUCUGCAUCAGACCCUUUCCUGGCUGGGAGCAGGCCUCCCGGGGACAAGCGCUCCUCUAGUGGUUCUGGCAAUGGAAGGGAUUCCCACUCCCUGAAUUCCAACUGCAUCUUCAGUUCUCUCACCAAUGGGCUUGGGACACCAUCAGAGGACAUCUCAGCACUCCUAGGGAGUCCUCUGAACAUGGAGCCAUGCUACCAGGGGGGCUCAUGGGCAUAUUCCCGGGAGACCUCAGCCCAUGCCCAACGCAUUGCAAAGGCCAAGUGGGAAUUCUUCUAUGGCUCUCUAGAUUCUCCAGGUACAGGUAAUUCCUCUCAGAAACCUGAAUCGCUUUCCCUCAAAGAGCCCCUUCAGAAACCCAGCCACCUGCUGCUACCAGAACCCAAGAAGUCCAUGGCUGAGCACAGCUUUUGUCAUGUAGAGGUGGAAAUAGAGAUGGCUCCUUCAGGCAACAAGAACCCAGGCUCCUGUGAAACUGGAAUUAUAAGAAGAACAGUGAAGUAUUCAGAGACAGACCUGGACUUGGUGCCUCUGAGAUGCUAUCGUGAGACCAACAUUGAUGAUAUUCUGGCUGAGAAGGACGAGGUGGAUUCAGCCAUUGAGAGUCAGAAGGACAGCGAGAGUAACCCAAGUUUCACUGGCACUUUGGGGAGAAGGAACAGUGCACCUGAAGACCCCUUUCCCCAGGGCACCAUGGAGCACAAUGGGAAGCAUAUGAGGAAUGGCAAACAUGGAGAAGAGGUGGAUGAGGAUGACGAGGUGUUUGAAGCAACAAGGCAAGAGAACGGAGACAGGGUCAUGGAUCGAGAUGCACAGGGUCUGCUCAAGUCACCUGUGCCCUUCCUCCUGGGACACAGCCUCUCCAAAGAUGGCAUGGAUUCGUUCAGCAAGCAUUUUGAGAGCAUCAUGGAAUCCCACCGGGCCAAGGGGACGUCCUACACCAGCCUCGACUCCAUUGACAUCCUCUCCUCCCCUGCCCGUACCAAUGGCACCUACUUUACCUUUGACCUCCCAACCCUCACCCCACAAAUCCAGGACAAGAUCCGAGACAGUGUCAAGCUGAUUAAGGAGAAUUUUGCCCCUCUGGCCCACCUGGAGCCAGACUCUGGAACCAGUUCUGCUACAGAUGCUCCCUGGACUGAGAGGGAGGAAGAGCAAAGGAGAAAGGCAAAUAAUGGCCUGCACAGCCCAUGCCACUCAGAGGACAGCUUUGGCAUGCCCUUGGCCUCCAUCAUCAGUGACCAUCCCCUGAGUCAGCUGGUCUCCGACUCAGACUCCGAGAUGGACAGCACAGAGCAGCUGGCACUGGGCAGCACUGACACCCUGUCCAACGGGCACAAAGCUGACCUUGAGGCUGCCAAGCGCCUGGCCAAGAGGCUAUACAACCUGGAUGGGUUUAAAAAGGCAGAUGUGGCCCGCCACUUGGGGAAGAAUAAUGAGUUCAGUAAGAUGGUGGCUGGGGAAUAUCUGAAAUUCUUCGUAUUCACUGGCAUGAGUCUGGACCAGGCUCUCAGGUCCUUUCUGAAGGAGCUGGCUCUGAUGGGGGAGACUCAGGAACGAGAGCGUGUGCUGGCGCAUUUUUCACAGCGCUAUUACGAGUGCAAUCCCAGUGCUGUCUCCUCUGAAGAUGGAGCCCACACUCUGACCUGUGCUCUGAUGCUGUUAAACACAGACCUUCAUGGGCAUAACAUCGGGAAGAGAAUGUCCUGCUCUGACUUCAUUGGGAACUUGGAAGGACUCAACGGAGGGAGAGAUUUCCCCAAGGAACUGCUCAAGGCACUGUACGGCUCCAUCAAGAAUGAGAAGUUGCAGUGGGCCAUAGACGAGGAGGAGCUGAGGAAGUCCCUCUCAGAGCUGGCCGAUCCCAACCCCAAAUCCAUCAAGCGCAUCAGCAGCUGCAGUAACCCCUUCCUAGACUUCUCACAAGACCCCAGCAUCGCCACCUACAAGCACGGCCUGCUGGUGCGCAAGAUGCAUGCUGAUCCUGACUGCAAGAAAACACCCAGGGGGAAGAGAGGCUGGAAGACAUUCCAUGCCAUCCUGAAGGGAAUGAUCCUCUACUUGCAGAAGGAGGAGUAUAAGCCUGGGAAGCCCCUGGCAGAGGAGGAGCUGAAGAAUGCCAUCAGUAUCCACCAUUCACUAGCCACACGGGCAUCUGACUAUAGCAAGAGACCCAAUGUCUUCUACCUCAGGACAGCUGACUGGAGGGUCUUUCUCUUCCAGGCACAGAACCCGGAACAGAUGCAUUCCUGGAUCACACGCAUCAACGUGGUGGCAGCCAUGUUCUCAGCACCCCCAUUUCCGGCAGCCAUUGGGUCCCAGAAGAAGUUCAGCCGGCCACUGCUGCCCAGCUCCUGCACCAGGCUCUCCCAGGAGGAGCAGGUAAAGAACCACGAGGCCAAGUUCAAGGCGAUGUCCGCAGAGCUGGUGGAACAUCGCUCCUCACUGCCCGAGAAGAAGGUAAAGGGCAAGGAGUACGAGGAGCUGAAGCAGCGGGAGGAAUACUUGGAGUUUGAGAAAUCGCGCUAUGGCACCUAUGCCAUGCUGCUGCGUGCCAAGCUGAAAGCUGGCUCUGAUGACCUGGCGGCCUUUGAGUCCACACUGUUUGACACAGCAGUGGGGGAGGAGGACAACCUCAAGAAAUCCUGCUCCAGCCCCUCACUCCAUGUGGAGCCAGCCAGCAUGGGCCCCAAGGUGAAACGCAACAUCUCGGAGCGUGGCGGCACCCGUCAGUCCACCAACCAUCCACAGAAAUCGUAGGGGCAAGGGCAGCAAGCUGCACAUUCCUGUUCCAGCCCUACAUGCUGGGAGGCCAUGCCCACACCAGCCCAAACCUGCAUGACUUCAUCCUUGGCGGGCACAAGCCAUGGGGGCUGAUUGCGCUCACCCUGCCACCAGCACCAGUGGAAGGAGCCCCAACACAUCAGCAUGGAAACAGUUCCCUCCACUGAGGCUCAUGGGAAACAUCGACGCAGUGCAGUAGCAGCAGGGGAACCAUCUCCAUACCUGCAGACUUCCUAGCAAGACCUACCCCCUUCUCCUGGACCUGGGUGCAGGUUCCCUGAGAGCAGAGUGAUGGGGCUAGAUUAUACGGUGGCUGCCCUACGCUAGGCGGGCCCUGUGAGCUGCCCACCAGACUCUAGGGCAGACGGGAUUGUGGGUAGAGACCCCAAUGGGGGCCAGUUAAUGCAUCAGUGCUGCAGCCCUGGUCAUGCCAGCUGGAAGCUGCUUUUUUGUUUCCUGCCAGCUGGGCCAGCCAGGCCAUCCACAUCCUGGCCAUGG